ACUCGGCGUGCAGCGGCGCAUCGACAUCGACAACAACAACAACAACAACAACAACAACAAAACGACUUUGAUUUAAUAUUUUAUUAUUUUUCAAUAUCGCAAUGCUACGUCAAUCGUAAUCGUUACGAGAGUAGUGUGUCCGUUGUCGUAGCCCGCGCGCGUGCCCUCUUCGAAAAACAUUGAUACAUUGUGUGUCGUCGUUGCACACAGUUGCGUCACACAUAUCGUUUUCCCGUUUCGGUUAGCUAACAGUUCCGUGUCUGGUGUCGCACACGACCGUUGUCGUCCGGCUUCCCACCCCAACAGCGACUGACGUAGAGAAACCCCAAAAACAAAAAAGUAAAUAAGUAAUAGUAGUAAUACACGGCCGCUGAACGCACGAUCGACGACGAGUGUCGAUUACUAUCCGUGCGGACAUUAUCCAGUGGAAACGCACACGCUUGCCCAGCGAGACCGGUGUGCUAUUGACACUUUGGAUUCGUCGAAAGAUGAACGUCGUCGUCUGAGUACUCUCAAUUACGCCGUAAUAAAAAUAUGUAUUUACAUAAAAAUCCCAGCCCUAAGUGAUUACUGUACAGAAAUCAUAGUGAGACUAAGCAGUUCAUAGUAUAAUUGAUAAACAAUGCCACUCUUCUACAGUGUAGUAGCCAGAGGUAUGGUCGUGCUAGCCAAGCAUGCCAACUACCAGGGCAAUUUUGGAGAAAUUCUGGAAGGUGUUUUAAUCCAGAUUGGACCAGAAAACAAAAAACAAAGUUUACUACAUGACCGUUACUUGUAUCAUUACAUUUGUGAAGAUCAGAUAGUUUAUAUGUGUAUCACAGAUGAUGAAUUCCAAAGAUCCAAAGCAUUUUUUUUCUUAAAUGAAAUAAAACGAAGAUUUCAAGCUACAUAUGGUCAUCGAGCAUCCAAUGCUAUUGCAUAUGCUAUGAAUUCUGAGUUUGCUCCAAUACUCGCUUCUGAAAUGAAACGAUUUUCUAGUCCAAACGAAUUUGAUACAUUAUCUAAAGUACAUGGAGAACUAGAUGAAUUAAAAGACAUAAUGGUUCGAAAUAUUGACAGUGUAGCUCUUCGUGGAGAAAAGCUUGAACUGUUGGUUAAUAAAACUGAAAACUUAUGUUCGCAAUCCAUGAAUUUCAGAGUACAAAGUCGUACUCUACAGCGUUCAUUAUUCUGGAAAAAUGUCAAAAUAUAUGUUUUAUUUAUAGCUGUAGGACUUGCUAUUAUCUAUUUCAUUACUGCAUUCUUCUGUGGAUCACUUGCUCUCAAUUGUAGUUAAUUAAUAAUUUUAAUGAAUUUAUAAUAUAUUUUUUAUUUUUUAUGUAUACUUAUACCAAUACAACGUCUCAAAUUUUAUAUUUACAUGAAAGUUACAAUAUCUAUGCUUAAAACUUAUUUAUACUUUAUUAUUGUAAAAUUUAAUUAUUAUAGAUUACUUUUGUUAUAUCUUUUUAGUCAAUUGUUAAUUGUUAUGUACAUGUUAGGCGUUGAAAUAUUGUGAUAAAAUAUACUAUUGUAAAAUCAAUUAUUCUAUAAUCAAUUUUUACUAUAAAAAUAGUCUUUUAUGUGACAAAUUGUAUUUUAUUUAUAUUAAAAUCUGUUCAAUUUUUUUUUCUUUUUUAAUUAGAAUAAUUUAUUUGGUUAGUAAGCAGUUAUUUUUUCUAACUCAAGAACAAAAUAUUUCACUAGAAUAAUCAAAAAUCACUAAAUUUUCUACAUAAAUACAGUACAUAAUAUGCCAUUUUAAAAUGUUGUAAUUUUUAUUUAGUUAACAACUUUACAUGGCUUUAAAUAAGUUUUUAAUAUUUUAUUUCCAUAUCAAAACUAAGUUUAGAAAAUCACUUUAUAUUUUAUUUUAUUGAGUGAUUUACUAUUAAAAUUAUAUAAUAAUUAUUACGUGUUAGUUUAAUUUAUUAUCUACAAUUUACUUAUAAAUAAUGAUCUUACAUUUGUAUGGCCAUUGGUGUUUGACAGAACAACUUAAAACAAACAUGUUAAACAUAAAUUAUCAAUUAUAAAUAGGACUAGGAUUUCUAUCCAGUAAAAAAUUGUAAAAUAUGCAAAAACAAUUUUUUUUUUUAAUAUUUGUUUAUAUUAUUAUAUUUUAUUACAGCGAUUCUCCAACUGUGGUAUGUGAAAAACUACAUAGUGGUACGCGGAUAACCGCCUUUGGAUAAUAAACCUAUUCAAUUAUUUAAUACAUAUCUUAUUUUAAAAAAUUAAUAAAUAAAAUAUAAUUAUACUGUAGAUGUAGUAUUUUACUGCCUUAUUAUUUAAAAUAAAUGUAUUUAACUGUACAAUUUGGAA